UUUUCGGUUCUCGACGAACACAACAGUCGAGCAAGAAUACAUCCACAGAAAAGUGAUACUUAUCGUCGUUGUUUAAUUAUUACAAAACAAAAGCUCACUGUUUCAAAUAAACGACGAAGUAAAAUGUUAAUAUCUCAUAAUAAAGUCUCACAAAAAUUGUGCCAAUGAAUAAAAUAAUGGAUUCGUCGAAAAUUGUCGUGCCAGAGGUAGCAGACCAAGCAAAUGACCGGAACUGGUUGGAAAAGAACUUUACUCCAUCGCCAGCAAAGUGCUCCAGCCUUUUGGAUUUAAAUGAUGAUUGUCUACUCGAAGUUUUGCAAUACAUAACUGUACGGGAUGCAUUUACACUUCUGGAAACUUUUGCCAAUCGACUGCACGACGUUGUACACAAACGCAUUUCACAAUUGAAAAUUUUGACAUUCGACCUAAGAAAUGCUCCAGAUUUUACAAUAGAACAAUUACAAAUUAUAGGCAAACAUUUAAAAACCCUAAACAUCUGUGUUGGUUACUCGCUUAGCUCGGAUUUAUGCAUUUUCCGAUAUUUAAAGCCGCUUUGCUACUAUGGGUCAAUUGAGCAAAUGACACUCAACUACGUCAACUUUAACGAAGCUUACCAGCAAUGUAUACUAAAUUUGGCCGCAAAUUUAAGAUUUCUCGAUUUAAGUUUUUGCCAAUUGACAGAUGAGUUGCUGGAACCAAUAUUGGAAAAUUGUAUGCUCUUGGAAAAACUUUCGAUCAUUGGAAAUUACGAAUGGCGUGGCAAAUCAUUGUUUUCCAUUAAAUCCCCUAAAAUAGGGCAAAUUACAAUUGAAUUAAACGAUUUGUGUGAAGAGCAAGUGGAGACAUUUGCAAGGCAUAUUGGAGAAAGCAUCUGUCUUAUUAUUUUCAAUAAAGGACGCAGUAACCACCAUAAAGGUCACUUCAGAUGAAUUGAGGAUAUAACAGAUUGUAAAAAACUUACACUUAUUUAGAAGUCUUCCUCUCAUUUGGACACCAAAUCUUACAAAUUUAUAAAACUAAGGCAUUUACAUUUCUUUCGUUAUUUUUCACUAAAGAAAGACGAGUUGGUUGCUUAUAACCAUUGUUAAUAUCAAAAUUACCCUAAUUUAAGUUGUAUAGUAAGUUCUCAGUGUAAUUGUUGUCAAGGCUAAGUAAUGAUGUGAUCAUUUUGAGGAAAUUUUUGUAAAUAUCAUGCAGUGUCCCUUAAUUUGCCAUGUUCUAAGGUAAUAUAUUGGAGUUUGCAAGUUAUAUAAAUAAAUAUUGUGAGUAAUUGAUAAAAUUUA